AUGGGUCUUUUCAAAACCGGUCUUGUCUUGGCUGGCGGCUACGGUCUCGUGAAAGCUGUCUCAAAGGCCGCAAACGACCAUGAAGACAAGAAACAAAAGCGCCAAAAUCAGAAUAUGCCACCAUAUCAAGGCCAAAACGAUACAAAAAUGAGCCACAUGUAUCAAGCACAGCCAAACAAUCAAUACCCGCAAUGGGGCACCAGCCCUGACCAGCAAUCAUAUAAUGGGAAUCAUAUGCAGCAAGGCUCGUCCCGUUCUGUCCAAGACUCGCCAAUGUACCAGCCGAAGUCAAUGAACAAUUGCCCGCCCCCGUACAGCGAAUCUUACGAUAUCAAAGGGAAAGGGGACCAUAAGUCUGGAUCUGCUCGAGAAUACUACUAUUCUCAAUAG